GUCGGAUCACCGAACCCGCGGACAAAGCUUCUGGGAUCAACUCACUGGUCUGCCCCAUCAAGAUUCCCUCAUCCAUGAUCACAUCAUCAAUUCUCGGCGAGGAAUGCGUUUGGAUAAAACCAUUCAUCAGUCAUUCGGCCACCCUGUCACAGAUACCACCAAACCUGGAUAUCAGGUGACGUGCCCCGAGGAUUUUGAACCAGAAGAUCAACGAAUGGAGGAAUUGGAGCAACUUUUCGACCAGUGGAACGAUCCUACUUUGACUUUCGCCCAGCGCAUGAGAAAUGGAGAAACAAUGUCUCCUGGUUUUGCCCUUUUGGUCAGGAAAGGAGAAGAUGGACAGCCGUGUCAUAUCAUGUUUAUUUCCAAUCCGGUCUUGACCAAGCCAGAUGUAAUGGAACCCAAUACUUUUGGAGCUCCGGCUCCCUUUGGGGAAAUUGUCAAUAAUGAUAUUGCGCAAAAGAAGACUAUCAUUGAAAAUUGGUUCAAUGCCGUUAAGGCCAGCCCUGCAAGUUUUGCGGUACCCGUGGUGGAUGCUCUGCCGUUUUGGUCCUGCUUUCCCACUGAGCAUGACCCAGUCGACGCCCGUGUUUUGGAUGUGGCCUUACUAGCUCCAUUCCAAGAACAAAUGGAUCGUUUCCUUCGGAGCCACUUGAUGCAACUCAUAUACAGAAGUGGAUCCUUACCUACGUCGACUCUUGGGUUCAAGAUGCGUGCUUGGGUCAGGAUGCAUAAUAUGCGCCUGGCGGAGUCUUAUCCUACUGCCUUGGGUAUUACGUUACCACCUGAGUGUCAGGCCUUUGUCAACUACCUCUUCCCUUUUGAGGAUGAAGACAAGGGAUGGGAUGGUCGUAUCCCUAAAUGGUACAAGACGCUUGAUUUAGAUUCGGGAACUGAGGUUCCGGACUCGUACUUGCAAUACACCCCUCGCCCGCUGCCGUCGUCUGCCCAAGAUCCUGACGAUUAUGUUACACAGAGGUUGACAGUGCCUCCAGUAGCACCUCCUGCCGCUUUGCAACCGAUGGAUGAUGAUCUGGCGGAAUUCCUUCAGGCUACCAAGCGACACAAGCCCAAUUCCCGUCGAUCACCGGUCCAUCCGCCAGUUACCCCCGCUCCAGAAGACUCUUUUGUCUUGACGGAGGAAGGAAACUUCGAAGAUGGACAUGGUACUAAUUAUGUUCCCCAUGAUGAUCCAGGCGGGAUGCAACCCCGUACUGAUGGACAAGUACUGCCAGCGGUGACACCGUCUCCUUCGACAUAUCGCCCACUGGAUCAUGUCGCUCCGAGCCACACUUCUUUUCCGUCGUCUCGUGACCAACAUCCAGAUUCCAGUUGUUUCAGAAAUCCUUCAAGGGGCAAUCCGUUUGCUGGUGUUAUGAACGGUACGAACAUACCACUCCAGUCGCCAGCCCAAGGUAUGCCUCAUGAUGGGAUCCACGAUUCGACAUGGAAUUCUCCGUUUCAACAAGGUCCUCGUGUCAGAAUUGAUUCUACCCCUCGUGGUCCGUCGCCUUUCGCUGGUCAUUGUCCCACGACGUCACCGGCAAUGGGGUUACCCACACCGGUGCACCACCACCAGAUGUUUCCCGCCUCCCCAGGGCUGCCUAUGCAUCACAUGUAUCCACAUUCGCAUAUGCCGAUGUCUUACCAACCAGGGUAUGAUGGUACGAUGUAUCCGAUGAGUCAUUAUCCGACCCACCCAACAUUCCAUACCAAUAAGCCGAAUUCUCGGUCCAAAUAUACCCCCAUGCGUUCGGCAAGUAUUAAUUCGGAAAUGGAACGUCGCUGUUGUCCUCCAGAGUUGAAAGCGAUUGGAUAUUGGUUGGUGCAUCCACUUCCUCCUACUGUGGGCGUGGUUCGUACCUCCCUUGGUGAUCGAGCGGCAACCGAUGUGCUCCAAUUUGGAUUACCAACCGCGAUUGGACGAAGAUGUCUGGAAGGUUUUGAUUACAAAAACGAUGGUCAAGUUGCAGUGAAUAUCGUUUGCACUGCUCUUGAGUACCGUAUCAAACACCAAUUUGGAUCUUUUUCGCAAGUUGGAGAACUUCAGCGUGACCUACGGUCUGUGAUGAACAGUGACUUUGUCAAAAGCAGUUAUAAUAUUGCUACUUGGGGAGUGGAUCCUGACAAUGCUCCACCUCCAGGAACAUCUAAACGAUUUUCUUUGUUGGCGUUCCUUCCGUGCGUUUUGGCAAAUCUUUCUUCUGAAUAUCUCCCACGUGACGGUCUUACAUGGCAGCAGAUGAAAGAAUUU